AUGGAAAAGCACCCAGAUCGGAUCAAGUCGUAUGCCGAGUUCAUUUCGAUGGACAUCUUAAGUAUCAAGUUGAUGGCGGAUAGCCCUAAGGACGACUGUGCAUUUCGUGCUUUCCAGAUGGAUAACUCAUUGGAGGCUUGGACAAGCAGGCCGCGGAGCUAG